AGUGGUUACAUUUUCCUGUAAUGGCGGAGCAGACCGACAGCGAGGCUAUCGGGUUCAACGACAACAGAAUGGUGCAGCAGGCAGUACGGUUCCGCGGCCCUGCGCCUGCACCUGCGCCUGCCCAGACCCCAGUGUUACGAGGCCCACCACCACUCCUGCGGCCGCCGCCACCUCCUUUUGGGAUGAUGAGGGGACCCCCGCCGCGACCUCCAUUUGCACGUCCACCCUUUGACCCCAACAUGCCGCCCAUUCCACCUCCAGGAGGCAUGCCUCCACCUAUUGGACCCCCCCAUCUACAGAGACCUCCGUUCCUUCCCCCUCCCAUGGGGAACCUGCCUCCUCCUCCAGGAAUGCUGUUUCCUCCUGGGAUGCCUCCCGUUCCUGCAUCUGGAGCCCCUGCACUCAACCCUACAGAGGAGAUCUGGGUAGAGAACAAGACACCCGAGGGAAAGGCAUAUUACUACAACGCCAGGACCAGAGAGUCAUCGUGGAGUAAACCGGAUGGUGUGAAGAUCAUCCAGCAGUCUGAACUCAACCCUCUUCUUGUAGCGGGGUCGGGUCCAAGUGCUGGGGUGACUGCAGCUGCCAGCUCGAGCAGUGUCAACACUACAGCCAGCACAACAUCCGCAGCCUCCUUUACUCAGGCCCCGUCCACAGCUCCCUCCCGCACACUCGCCUCCAGUCCAGACUCCACCAGCCCCUCCCCCUCUGUGACCAUCGCAGCCACUGUUGCAGCCGACCUGUCCCCUGUUGCCACAGUGUCCUCAACGGUUGCUGUAUCUCCAGUCACUGUGGUAACUGUGUCCACGGUGCCCUCCCCGGUUACGGCGGUGCAGACCAUGCCGCUGCAGACCAUGCCGCUGCAGACCAUGCCGAUGCAGACCAUGUCGCUGCAGACCAUGCCGCUGCAGACCAUGCCGCUGCAGACCAUGCCGAUGCAGACCAUGCCGCUGCAGACCAUGCCGCUGCUUCCUGCAGGCCUGCCUCACGGUGUGGGCCAGCCCACUGUGAACAUGCCCUCCUUCCCCCCUGUCAUGGUGCCUCCUUUCAGGGUGCCCUUGCCGGGCAUGCACAUCCCUCUGCCAGGUGUAGCAAUGAUGCAGAUAGUAGGUGCCCCCUGUGUAAAGGCCGGCCCCAACGGCAUGCUUCCCGGCAUGGGCCCGCCUUUAGUUUCCAUGAUGCACCCACAGCUGGCUCUCUCGGCAGCUUCCGCCUCCAUGGCCGGCGCGUUGCAUCUCCCUGAGUGGUCAGAGUACAAAACAGCUGAUGGGAAGAUGUACUACUACAACAACCGAACACUGGAGUCCACCUGGGAGAAACCACUGGCCCUGGUGGAAAAAGAGAAAGAAGCAGAACGGCUCAAGGAGCGUCUGGCCCAGGAGGAAGCUGAGGCGAUGGAGAUGGAGAUGGAGGAGGAAAACAAAGCAGAAAACACUAACAAUGUGAAAGAGGAGCCUAAAGAAGAAGAGAUGACGGAGGAGGAAAAAGCAGCUCAGAAAGCAAGACCAGUAGCCACCAACCCAAUCCCUGGCACGCCAUGGUGUGUGGUGUGGACGGGUGAUGAACGCGUGUUCUUCUACAACCCCACAACACGGCUGUCCAUGUGGGACCGGCCCGAGGAGCUGGUUGGUCGAGCGGACGUCGACAAGCACAUCCAGGAGCCGCCGCACAAGAGAGGCCUGGAGGACGGCAAGAAGACAGGUGUGGACAAACGCUCCUUCACACACAGUGUCAAUAAAGAGGAGCCAGAAUUAGCCGUUGUUACUGAAGAAAAUCAGGAUGAGGAACCAACCAAAGCUAAAAAGAGGAAGAAGGAGGAGGUGAAGGAGGCGGACUCUGAGAAGGAAGCAGCAAUGGAGGCCGAGCUCCGAGCUGCCAGAGAACGAGCGAUAGUGCCGCUCGAGGCCCGGAUGACCCAGUUCAGAGAAAUGCUGCUGGAGAGAGGGGUGUCUGCAUUCUCGACUUGGGACAAAGAGCUUCAUAAGAUUGUGUUUGACCCACGUUACCUUCUGCUCAACCCAAAAGAGAGGAAACAGGUGUUCGAUCAGUAUGUGAAGACACGAGCAGAAGAGGAGAGGAAGGAGAAGAAGAACAAGCUGAUGCAGGCCAAAGACGAGUUCAGGAGGAUGAUGGAGGAGGCAAAGUUCACACCAAGAACAACGUUUAGUGAAUUUGCAGUGAAGCACGGACGAGACCCGCGAUUUAAGACCAUAGAGAAGAUGAAGGACCGGGAGGCCAUCUUCAUGGAAUUCAUCACCGCUAUAAGGAAGAGAGAGAAAGAGGACUCCAAGUCCAGAGGAGAGAAGGUUAAGCUAGACUUCUAUGAUCUCCUAAGUGAGCAGCACAUCGAGGUCGGCCAUCGGUGGAGCAAAGUCAAGGAGAGGCUAGAGACCGACCCACGAUACAAGGCUGUGGAGAGCUCCGCACUCAGAGAAGAACUUUUCAAACAGUACAUGGAGAAACAAGCCAAGAGCGUGGACCUCGACAAGGAGCGAGAGCUGGAGCGGCAGGCUCGUAUCGAGGUUAGUCUCCGAGAGAGGGAGCGGGAGGUGCAGAAGGCUCGAUCAGAGCAGACCAAAGAGAUCGACCGAGAGAGAGAGCAGCACAAAAGGGAGGAGGCCAUCCAGCAUUUCAAAGCGCUCAUGUCUGAUAUGGUACGGUCUUCAGACGCGACAUGGUCAGACACUCGUCGUAACCUUCGAAAAGACCAUCGCUGGGAGUCGGCGUCACUGCUAGAGAGAGAGGAGAAGGAGAAGCUGUUUAACGAACACGUAGAAGCACUGGCCAAGAAGAAGAAAGAACAUUUCAGGCAGCUACUCGAUGAGACCAGCAUGCAUGGCAAGAAGGAACAAAACACUCUGCAGCAGUUGAUGAUCACUCUGACAACCACGUGGAAGGAGGUGAAGAAGGUUAUCAAGGAGGACCCUCGCUGUAUUAAGUUCUCCUCCAGCGACAGAAAGAGACAACGGGAGUUUGAAGAUUACAUCAAAGACAAGUACAUCACAGCCAAAGCUGAUUUCAGAACCCUGCUGAAGGAGACAAAGUUCAUCACAUACAGGUCGAGAAAGCUGAUCCAGGAGUCUGAGCAGCACCUGAAGGAUGUGGAGAAGAUCCUUCAGAACGACAAGCGGUACCUCGUUCUGGAGUGUGUCCCCGAGGAGCGCAGGAAGCUCAUCAUGUUCUACAUUGAAGAUCUAGACCGCCGUGGUCCUCCUCCUCCCCCCACUGCCUCAGAGCCCACCCGACGCUCUACCAAGUGACCAAUACAUCAUCUUCCCGGCCGGUGCCCUACUCCUCCUUGCCCUCCCUUUGGCCAGAGCAUGAUCUCCCCCCAAACUCACCUUCAGCCCCGCCUUUCAGGCCCACUGCUGGUCUCGCAGUAUUAUUGCUGGGGCUCCAGUUGCUUAGAGAUGUACCAUAGAGAUGAACGGUUAUGUCGCCUCUUAGCCCUGAAAUAGCCCUUCAUUUAAGGCAACAGCAGGGAGCAGAGGUUACCUGAGCCCUCACCUCUGACCGGCCACAUUAGAGGGAGAGGGAUUGUGAUGAGGCUGCUGCCCGAGCAGCAAUAGAGGUGUAAGAUAGCUGAUGUAAAUGACGAGGAGCGUGUGUGAGAAAACGUGUCGGUGUGCGCGACUGCGUUUGUGUAUGGAGUGUGUGUAUGUGUGUGUGUGUGUGUGUGUGCGUGCGUGCGUCUGAGGCGUCCUUAAGCCUUACUGCUCCACUUUGCCAGUCAUUGUUUCAGCGGCUCAGUGUGAAUGUUAGUUUCUGCUCAGUGGUUUACUCUGAUGUUGCAGCAGUUUCUCUGUUGAAUGAAAUAAAGGCAACUUCCACUGUUUUUCAA